AAUGAGGGCCGCUCAGCCUCUACUGUGCAGAGCUGUAUCGUCCAUACGUCCCUUGACUCGCACAACAUGGAUGGCCAAACGAAGAAGCAUCUCCAUAGUUCCACCUCCGUGGCGUCCUGCUUCUGUCUUGGACAANNAUGGGUAGAACGAGAAGCGAGACCUAUCAGUCUACGUCAGCUCACGUUCUUUGGACGACUUCUUACCGACACUCGAUUACUUGGAUCAGCCAACUAUGUUCGACUGGAACUACCCACUAGGUAUUCCUGCUAUAAUUCAACAACGCUACGCAUGACUAAUCCUCGAAANAGGAUUGCACAUCGACUUCGCGACAUGCAAACAUUACCGUAUGCCGCUCUUGUCAACCCGCAUAUCUCUCAUGUCUACGAACUGUACUACGCUGCCUUCGAAAAGCUACGGAAGGUCCCUGAGAUCAAAACAUUAGACGACAAUGACAGAUUCUGCGAUGUCGUCCGAGAACAACUCAGAGACCAUCUGAGCGUCAUCCCCCGACUUGCCAUGGGCGUCCUCGAGAUCUCCGAAGCAAUCCCCAGCGAACAAUGCGACAAACUCGUAAACUCCUUACUGAGGUCGAGAAUCAGCCGACGAGUCAUCGCAGAACAACACUGUGCUUUGACAAAAGCGUUCCACUCNUCAGAUCACCUUCCUCCCGCCGCAAAACUGCACCCAGAACACGGUGACGAUUUUGUGGGCGAAAUCUUUCUCCGGUGCAACGCAAAAGAAAUCGUCCAAGAAUGCGCCAACACAAUAGCAAAUCUUGCAAAACAGGCAUAUGGCUCUGAUGUAGCGCUCCCCGAAGUCGUCAUCGAAGGCGCCGAAGACAUUUUCUUCCCGUACAUUCCCAGUCACCUCGAAUACAUUAUUGGCGAAUUGUUGCGCAACUCCUUUCAAGCCACAGUAGAAAGACAUGGCGCCAAACCUCCACCCAUCGAAGUCUUGAUAUGCGAAGCUGCUCAACACGUAAUCAUCCGCGUCUCGGACCAAGGCGGCGGCAUCUCACGCGAAAACUUGCCCACCCUCUGGUCCUUCAGCAAAGGCCCCGAACGCAACCGCCGCCUUCGAAACCUCGAAAAAGUCCCUGCACUAGCAGCUACACUCCAAGACCUCAAAGUACCUUCUCCAUACUCCUCUGCCAAACACGACAACAAGCAAACUCGCUUUGAUCAUAGUCUGGGAUCGCUGAGUGAAAGACAUCCAGAUUUGCGUUUGGGUAUUGGGUUGCCUAUGAGUCGUAUUUUUGCAGAGUAUUGGGCUGGCAGCCUUGAAGUUCAUAAUUUGGAGGGAUAUGGUGUGGAUGCUUUUUUGCAGAUCAGUAAGCUGGGCAAUAAGAAUGAGACGCUGAGCACGAGGACCAGUAUGGAUGCUCUGUAG